AUGAAGGCUCUGAUCUUCAGGCCGAAAGGGCAGUCCCUAGCCGUCGAAGAUGUCCCUGUGCCAGUCCCUGGGCCAAAGCAGAUCCUCGUUCGGGUUCAGGCCGUCGCACUCAAUACGGUGGACGUGAUGAACCUGGAUCAUCCGUUGGCUGUUCAAGAUACCCGUGUGGUAGGGUCGGAUUUCGUUGGUGUUGUGGCAGCUAUCGGCGAGGAUCUCAAAAGCGUGGACGACCCCCGAGCAGUUGUCGGCGCCCGUGUCGCUGGGUUUGUUCAAGGCGCAAACUCUGGCAACGACCGUCCCGGUGCCUAUGCCGAGUACGUCGUAGCAGACUACGACUUGACUUGGAGUGUUGCAGCCAACGUGCCGUUGGAAAACGCCGCCACGGUCAAUCUCUGUGGUCUCACAGCUGCGCAAGGUCUCUUCUACCGCAUGGGCUUUCCGUGUCCGUUUUACGGGACCCCAACGUUUGAGGGCGUAGAAGAGCCCGUGAAUGUCCUGAUAUACGGUUCGACAACCAAUGUUGGCCUUUUUGCAGCGCAGCUGGUCCGUAUCGCGGAAAAGACUGCAGGUAAAAAGAUUCGGCUCAUCGGGGCUGCCAGCGCCUCAAAGCACGCCAUGUUACGGGAGGCGCCGUACCAGUACGACGUCUUGGUCGAUUACAAGAAGUCUAGCUGGACAGAGGAGGCCCUCCAGGCAACCGGAGGCAGCGGUGUUCUUUAUGCAAUUGACGCGGUUUCUUCUGGUCCAACAGUUGCUAAUGUCGAGAGUACAUUGAGCGCCAACGGCAAGUUUGCCGCCUACCGGACUCCUAAUAUUGGCAACUUUGAUAUGGCUGCCUUGAAGAUUAAGCCUGUCAUCGGCGCAGUUUGGGAGGGCCUUGGAGUCGAGAUUGAAUACCAUGGUGUCACUCUGCUCGCGGAUCAGGAGGCGCGCAAAUUCGCAGCUGCUUUCUUCAAGUUCAUCGGCCAAAGUACGGCUUCAGACCUCAACGUCCCGCAAUCAGUUCCUAUUCGUCUUAUGCCAGGUGGAAUCGAGAAGAUUGUCUCUGGUGGUUUCAGCGUGCUUCGGCAAUCGCCUUUGGCUUCCGGGGAUGGUUCACAGCGGAGUAUGGAGGCUCAUCUCCGGCCGGUCAGCGCGGAGAAAUUGGUUUAUAAGAUAUAA